UUCAAAUCACGUGUAAUUGUUUUGAUUGAAGACUUGCUUUCAUUUGAUCCUUUUGGUGACAAUUCGUGGCAAACAAUGGCCAAAACAAUGGGAAAAAUCGCGUUAAAAGGGUUGGUAUCACUCGUCACGGGAAGCGCUUCCGGAUUGGGAUCACAAGUGAGACAACGGCUGGCGAUGAAGGGCUCCAAAGUGUUGGCCGUAGAUAUUAACCACAAGACUAUCAUCGAGGAAGACGUCGAACUCAAGUCUCGGGUGUCGUUCAUCACCGGCGAUGUCAGUGAUGAACGCUUCCUCAACGACUUGUUCACCAAAUAUCCCAAAUGUGAUGCUGUGGUCAACUGUGCGGCCGCUUACAGAUCGUACAACUAUCUGACCUCGUAUUUGGUGUCCAAACAGGCGGUGGAUGUGCUGAAGAACAACCCAAUCAAUGCGUUCGGAGUCCGCGGAUGUGUUAUAAACAUAAUUGGUUUACAAGAAAAAUACGAUCAAAAGUAUUUCGACGAACAGGACGUCUUCGCCCAGAAAACGGGACAUUCGUUCGACUCAUUGGACGACAAAGUGUUGGCGUUGGCCGAAGACAUGAUCGCCAAUCGGAUCCGCUCUAACAGUGUGAUCGUACCGCCCAAUAGUGACCUCAAACUCUUCGCCCAAUUGGUUGAGAAUAUCAUCGAAGACCAGUACAUCGCCGGACAGAUAAUCAAUAUGGAGGACGAGUCCAGACCAUACUUGGGAACCGUCAAUGAUGUCUUAGCCGAGUAUCACGUGCCUCCAGAACCCAAAGAAUUACCUCUAAUACAAGAACCCGUGACACAAAUCACUCAACAGUUACCGGAACACAAGGCGAGCACCGGUAGUGUCGGCUCUACUCGUACACCACUUCUUAGGAUUGAUAAUAAGAAACAAUAGUUUUUAUGUUAUUUUUAUAUAAAACUGAUUAAAUGUUGUAAUUAUUAUUUAUUUCAUUAUAAAUUACUAUAAAGCCUUGAGUUUCAAUCAGUGAUUGUAAAUUAGAUGUCUGUCCCGCACCUGUACUUCAUUUUAUUGCAGUCUGUGUUUUACCUGUGAACUGCAUGUAAUAGUC